AUGGCCACUCAGUCAUUGGGAGGAGGCAGAUUUACCAGUCCGGUGAACUGCUACAGCAACAGUGGUCAAGUCGGUAUGUUCCCCGAGCGACGUUCGGUAGUUCAUUAUGGACCAGCUUUGAGGCACCUGGCGUACGGAGAAAGCUCGAUAUGGGAACACCACAAAACGUGUACAAUGUGCGAAAUGUUGAACCAAGAACAACGCAACGCAUUGACUGCAAACGGAACUUCAUUCAGACCUAGUAUAAACACGGCUUUCGGUGGCGCUAGAGUUCAGGAACAUAUCACUGCGGAAAGGGAUUUCGCCAGUAUUGAUGCUAAAGCUAGCCCCGUUGACGUGGACAGUAAAAGUGACGGAUGCAAACUAAUAGGUACGGCGACAGAUGCAGGCGCGUUGGCGAAAGAUAAACCAAGCAGUGAUACUAGUGUAUGCACCAACAGUUACGAACCGUGUAAAACCAAACCCGCUCUUUCGUACAUUGCGAUGAUUGCCAAAUCCAUACUGGGAUCCCCGACUGGUCGACUUAGUUUAGGUUCAAUCUACAAGUACAUCACCGACAGUUUCCCUUAUUACCGACACUGUGGACCAGGAUGGCGAAAUAGCGUCAGGCACAACCUGUCGCUGAAUGAAUGCUUUGUAAAAGCUGGACGUUGUGAAGACGGAAAAGGAAACUAUUGGGCCGUCCAUCCGAUCUAUGUACGUGAUUUUUCUCGUGGAGAUUUUCGCCAGAGACGACGAUCCCGACGAAGAGGCAGAAAGAAGGAACUAGAGUUGAGCUACAUUCACCCCAAUAGUGACACGGCAUUGGAUGUUCUACCGGGGAUGUAUGCACCAAAUCCCAACCUCUCGAUGAACGUCUCGUUUAUAACGCCAUAUAUGGUAAAUCAAGAUUACCAGCUACAUUCUAGAAAUACCCUGCCUCCCGUGAUGGACAUCCCGCACCAAAUCCCAUACAACAAACAACUAGUAGACUCGGUGUACCGAAACCCAAUAACGAAUUGUUGCACAGUUCUACCGUCAGUGCCGAUGUACCAACAAUAUUCAGAAGCCCAGAUGACUAAGACACUGAACAUGCCAAGACCAUCUGAUCCUAUACUCUUCACAAGAGACGCGACAAAUCCAAGACAAUUCACUCCUAUGCAUGGUUAA